UUGGUGAGAGAUAAAGAGAGAGGGAGAGAUGAAAGCCAUGCUAAGCGAGAGAGAGGCGCUCAUACUGAAGGAGGCAGAGGCAACAGCUACAGCAACAGCACGCUCCUUCCCCUUCCUCCCUUUCCUCUCUCACAAACCCAGAUUCACACCGGAGGAGAUGGAGGGCUCCCUGACCCUCUGAGGACCACCGUCUGAAGGAACAGGAGACUCUCACUUCAGCCCCCUUCCCCUUCCUGUGAAUGCUUGGGCAAUUUUGAGGGGCAAAAACCAUCAAGGAGUUAAAGGAGGUGUGCGCACACAAAGCUACCGGAGGAAGGGAGGGAGGGAGGGAGAAGGAGAGAGAAGAGGGGUAUGAGUGGUAGGUUUGGUAGAGCUGCUGAUGCCAGAGUCCGGGAGUGAAACAGAGAAACACUGAGGGACACCUGAGGUGUGGAGGAGUGGCACGUGUGGAGCAGCGACUGCAAGUUGUGGUUGAAAACAGACGGUGGAGAGCCAAACAGAUUUACAUACCAACACAGCUGGACAGAUGAGGAGGCAUCAGGGACCACGCUUCAGUCCUGGGUGUAUGGUGUACUGACCCUGCCUGUGACAGGCGAGGAGUCAGAGGACCAGGGCCAUGAUUGGCUCUCCUGGCCCUGGUGGGCGUGCCUUAGUGCCAUGGCCGAGGGUGUGGCAGUGGGUCCUGGCUGCUUCUCUGGUUGCCAUAAUAAUGUUGACGCUACCAGGAAGCAGCCAGGCAUGUCCACCAAGGUGCGAGUGCUCGGCUCAGCUGAGGUCGGUGUCGUGCCAGCGGCGGCGCCUUACCAACAUCCCGGAGGGCAUUCCCACUGAGACACAACUCCUGGACCUCAGCAAGAACCGGCUCCGCUGGGUGCAAGCAGGUGACCUGGCACCAUAUCCACGACUGGAGGAAGUGGACCUCAGUGAGAACCUUAUCGCCACUCUAGAGCCCAAUGCCUUCGCCACCCUCCAGAAUCUUAAAGUGCUGAAGUUAAGAGGGAACCAGCUGAAGUUAGUGCCCAUGGGAGCCUUCGCCAAGUUGGGCAAUCUGACCAGCCUAGAUCUGAGUGAGAACAAGAUGGUGAUUUUAUUGGACUACACCUUCCAGGAUAUGAGAAGUCUGAAACAUCUGGAGGUGGGAGACAAUGACCUGGUCUAUAUUUCCCACAAGGCUUUCUCAGGGCUUCUGGGGCUGGAGGAUCUCACUAUAGCGCGUUGCAACUUGACAUCCAUCUCUGGCCAGACGCUGUCCUACCUCCGCAGCCUGGUCACUCUUCGCCUUCACCACCUCAGCAUCACUGCCCUGGAGGACCAGAACUUCCGCAAACUCUCCAACUUGCGGGGUCUGGACAUCGAUCACUGGCCAUACCUAGAGUACAUCUCACCACUGAGUUUCCAGGGUCUCGACCUGCACUGGCUGUCCAUCACCAAUACUAACAUCACAUCUGUCCCUUCCGCUUCUUUCAAAAACCUGGUGCACCUUACUCACCUAAACCUGUCCUAUAAUCCCAUCACCACAUUAGAGCCGUGGGCCUUCAAAGACCUACUGAGGCUCAAAGAGCUCAUCAUGGUAAGCACAGGGUUGAUGACAGUGGAACCGCAUGCCCUCGGAGGCCUCCGUCAGAUCCGGGUCCUCAACUUCACCGCCAACGACCUGCAGACUUUAGAAGAGGGCUCCUUCCACUCUGUCAACAGUCUGGAGACCCUCAGAGUGGAUGGGAACCCCCUGAUGUGUGACUGCCGUCUGUUGUGGAUCCUGCAGAGACGCAAGACCCUCAACUUUGACGGCAGAGUGCCGGUGUGUGCGGGGCCGGUGGAGGUGCAAGGGAUCAGCCUGAGCGCCUUCACCGAUUCUGCACUUUUCGAUCACUUUACAUGCCAGAAACCUAAGAUACGCAACCGUAAGCUGCAACAGGUUAUUGCUCGUGAGGGUCAGCCAGUGAAUUUCCUUUGUCGUGCUGAAGGAGAACCUGCACCUGCCAUCGUCUGGAUUUCUCCACAGCGCAGACGGAUCACAGCUAAGAGUUCAGGGCGCAUUACUGUUCACCCCAGUGGCACCCUGGAGAUCCGCUACGCCCAGCUUACUGACAGCGGAACCUACAUCUGCAUUGCCAGUAAUGCUGGGGGCAAUGACACCUACUUCGCCACACUCACAGUUCGUGGCCAGCCACUCGACGCCGCCUCAGCCUUCUUUCUCAACCGCUCACUGUACAGUGGCGAGUUCUUCAACGACACAAAUAUGAACAGCACACGUGUUUUCCUCAAGUUCACCUUGGACCUGACCACCAUCUUGGUCUCCACGGCAAUGGGUUGCAUCACUUUCCUGGGAGUAGUCCUCUUCUGUUUCCUGCUGUUGUUCGUGUGGAGCCGGGGACGCGGCCAACGCAAGAACAACUUCACAGUGGAGUACUCUUUCCGGAAGUCUGAACCCGUCACUGGAGGCUCUUCAGGAGGGACCAGGAAAUUUAACAUGAAAAUGAUAUGAAACAACGCAGCCAGGGGUCCCUCGGGGGAGGCAUGAGCACGUUCCAUAAACGUGUUUGACACACGCAAACCCACACAGCCACUUGCAAAGAAGUUUGAAAGCACAACAAAAGCUGCCAUUCAUGGCUUUAUUAAAUAUUCAUCAAUGACAUCAAAAUUCAUCAAAUUGGUUUGAUUUAGCAAUAUAAAACCAACAGACCCUGAUCUCUCUGCCUUGCAGUGGUUUUAUUCAGGCUGUGGUUGAAUGUUUGAUGCGCUGAGAAUGUACAGUACUGAGAAAUUAAUGGGAGCUACUUGUCAUUCAUGCUUGGUAAGAAUAAUACAAGUAUUAAGAAAAGAUAUAUUGAAAAUUGGCAUGAUUAUAGAACUGUGGAAUAUAGAUGGCCCUGUCUAUCUUAUUACAGUAAUGAGAAAAUGAAAAGCUCUUUUUAGUUCAGUGUCCCUUUUCUGCAUUUCAAUGAGAUGUAGAGGGAGAUCUAGGUACUAUUCAUACAUCAUAUUUGUAGUUAUCAUGUUUGAAUGUCUGCCUUGUCAAAACUCAUGCUUAUAGAGUUGUAGUUAAGAGUUCUGUUGUAAAUUUAUACCACAGAAUAAAACAAAUAUUUCUGUAAAGUAUCUAAUGGCGAGUUUAUUUAUUCUGACCAUAGCUGAAUAGUCAAGAAGUUUCUGUAGGAUGAAACACUCCACUGAGACCAAACAGGGGAUUUGUUUUAAUGAGCAAAAGCUUAUCGCAUGCAGAGUUUGGUUUCAUAAUGGCAUCUAAUGAGAAAAACAUGUACAAACAUAAUCUGAUAAAGACAAUUUGGCCAACUCUUCUUUGUGAGAAUUUGCAACAUUAGCUGUGUGAGUUUGGGACGAGCGCACUGGCCGAGAGCUGCCGAGGCUGCCCAUGUCCCGGGUGGUUUGGUUAGGAAGUCAAGCCCACCGGACAUAGGCAGCCAUGGUAACCAUAGCAACCAACACAGACAAGAGAAGGGAAGGACGGGCUGGUGGCCACAGGAGAGUUGUAAGUUGAAAAGGAAGGGAGAGGAAGAAGGAAGCCAAUGUGACCUCUCCUGUCUCUUCCCUAAAACACAAGCCCUUUUCGUGGCCUUUUAUCAACUACAGAGAGUCAACCCAUCAGCCGCGACCCCAUCCCCACCUUCUGCUGUGUUGGUCAACGCCUGACCUUCCAAGUGCUGCCGGGGGGGAGCAGCCUGGAGAGUUGGGCCAAGCUCAGAGGCAGACAGAGGACACACGGUAACACUGUAGGGGUGUUCACACAAACACACACUCACCCACAUCUAUUGCCCCUUUUCUCAGGAAAAGUGAAGAAACUAGCCUACAGAGUGAGAGUGACUGCACAUACUUUAUAACUCUGUUGAAAUAUAACAUUCCAGCAAUACUAUAUGUAGAGCCAUAUAACCAAAAUGUAUUCUCAAGCAGAGAGCUGAUGUAAAUUUGUGAGUAAAAACACGAAGCCAUAGUAUGUGUAAGUUAUUUUUUAUAUAGCAUAUGCAUGAUUCUGUUAUAUAAUGACAAUUAUUGCCACUGCCAUCUUACAAGCUGUCAUGAUGAUCACAAGACCAUCUGCUGUCGCUGGGUUUGCAGAAAGUUGCAUCCCAUUACACUUACACACACGCACAAAUAAUGCCACAUCAAGGUUAUUUGGAUUGCUAGGCACAACAAGAACAGUUACACACGAAUGAGCAAACAAACCUCGUGUGUGAUACUGACUGCUCUCUCUCUGUCUCUGCUACGGUCAGUGCGCGAAUGUCUCUGCCCCCCUAGCCCAGUGCAUCCCCCUACUCACCCCAUCCCCACAUACCCCCACUGGGUCCUCCUUUGGGAGGGGUCCCUGGCUGGAGACCGAGAUACAAAUGUAAAUGAAGUCGUGUUAACCCUGCCCACACCAUGUGCAUCGUAUAGUGGAGAGUAGUACUGUGGUUAAAAAAAAAAAAGAAAAACACAACGAAAAAGUUUCUUGUGUUCUGUUGCUUCGUUUGUCCUUCAUUUUAAUUUCCUAAGUUGUUGUUCUCCGUGACCUUUUGACUGUUUACUGUUUUAAAAGCUCUGAGUCCUCUAUGUGGUAGUGUUCUGUUCUCAACACCGAAUAAAGGUCCCAUGCACUAGAGGGCAUGUGCUCGCGUGCAUCUCAAUGUGCAUGUCAAUGAAAGCCACAGGGAGCAAUACUUUGAAAAAGACGUGCUGAAAUCUAAAGCAAUUCCUAACCUGUUUUACUUCUGUAAAUUAGAUUAGCAACGAUUGGGAAAUGUUUAACAAGAGUUUUUAGAAUAGUGUACUGUAUUUUUUAAUUUUUUUUUUAGCAUGAAAUGACUUUUUUCUUUUAUUAAAUAACUGGAUAGUUUCAUAUCUGUGAAGUAUCAGCUAAAUCUUUACAUAAUGGACAUUUAGUACAUUAAACUAGGUUGUACUACAUAAAACAGUUCUUAUAUUAAGAAUAUAGCUAUUAAAUAUUUACAUGUACUCAAACAUUAGUUAUUAUUUGAGCAUAAUUUGAGGUUUACUACUAAUAUCUGCUUUGUUUUCAUGUUUAAGGGAUUAUGAGUUCUAUAUCAUUUACUUGAAACUUGAAAUUAUUCCUAGAGUACAUAAACUCUUUAAUCCCCAAAAGGGGAUUAAAAAUUCAGGCAUUAAAGACAUUCCACCAAAACAUUCAAAAGCAGUAAUGUAGAUUUGCAGCACCACCAUACACAGCCAUGCACUGCCAAAAAAAGGUAAAAACCUGUAGUGUAUAGUGAAAAACACUGUUUUUGCUUAACAUGCAGAAUAUGUACCAUGCAUAACCUGCCAUAGAGUGUUCGGGCCUCUGUGCAGGCAUAUUGAUUUAUUUAAAGGGGUCAUCCUAAAGGACCCACUGACCCAAAAUGCUGCAUAACAAUAUGAACAGAAUAUAUUUGCUCUAGGAACACCCAAAAACUCUACUUUCUGCAUUGUUAACUCCUUUUUGUCUCUGGUAUAGGAUGAUGAAACCACAGCUUCUUUGUCAGGAUGAAAAACUGAACAGCUGUUAAAGAUUCAUAAGCCUGAAUAAGAAUAGAUUAGCAAAUUGGCCUGGUUUUUACAUCGGCUUUAACAGUGUCGGCUGCCAUGCUGGCUCUUGCGGUGUUGAGGACAGGAUAUUACCUUCAUGGACAUUUCCUCUCCCUUAGCUAACCCUUUUGUGUUUUCAUUCCAACGUAUUUCUCAGUGGAAACUAGGUUUAGAAGACAGUGAGAAUGUCCGUAGUGAUUGUCGAUGGUGUUAUUGUGUAAACAUCAGUCACAAAUGUAAGCGUAGAUGAGGGUAUGUUUCAUUUUAUUAUCUUAUUCUCCUUUUCCUGCUAUUUACCACCCCCUCCCUCUUUCUUUCCCCUGUCUUCAUUUCAAUCCUCGUUGUCCCUGUUCACAGUAUUAGGCUGGAAUAUGGUUGUGUGGUAGUAGACACGUGUUAUGUGUGGUCGGUAUUGUCGUGUUAUGAUUUGUUGCUCCUCUUAAUGCCAUCCAACAAGGAGCGCUGACUGGAAAAGUGGAGACAAAAGAUGAAAGGGGUGACCCAGGUUCCCUAAAAACAUUGAUUCCCAUCUCACCCCCUCCCUACCCAUUCCUGAUAAACCAUUUCUGGAACUUUCCCGUUCUGCACAGUGCCGCUCUGGGAUCUUUUUCUGGAUAUGAAAACCCAUGGACUCUAUGUAUUUUCUCUGCUGAUAUCUUGUCACACUUUACAAAUGUAGAAAGGGGGGUUGGGUUUACUGUAACUAUAAGCCUACACUCACUUUUUGCCUAAUGUGGUACACUGAGUCAUUAUGAGAAGGAAGAAUCUGACAUUUUCACGUUGGUCAGGGUUGAAUAUAAGCACUUGUAUCUAUUCAAGCUCCAUAAGUCCUUGAAGGCAGAAGAAACUCAUUUUCGUUCCGGCAAAAUGCGCUUUAAAAAAUCUACCCCACCUCUCUAGCUCAUUUCCCUUCUUACAUUUCCUCACUGAAAUCUAUUAUGAAAAGGUUUUUACGAGUGUGUUAACCAUUUUAAUUAUUAUAACUGACAUUUUGCCAAACAAUUCUUCAGCAGCUCUCCUCAGAAAAGGUGCCAAUACACACAGCUUUGCAGCCAAGACAUCGCCUCAGUGUGCAUGACAGACUCUCUGUGUUUAGAGAUACCAGAGGAGCUGAGCUUGAUUCAUCUCUGCUGUGAUUCUUAAGAAACUAGGCUGAGCGAUUCCCCGCUCCCUCCUCCAAUUCGUCCUUGCCUGGGGUUGGUGUGCCGUUGUCUAGACGCCCCAUUUACAGCAGCAGCAAACUCACUAUUACAAUUCCUUUCACUAGAAACGUAACAGUGAGUUUGCAGGGGGACUCUUUAAAGACGCAGAACAAAACACCCCAGAAUUAUUCAUAUUUUAGUCUGAUUUUUCAGUUAAACGAUGCUUUGCUCUCCAUACAUAUUUGUAUCUCCUGACAGAAAGCAAUUUUCCUCAACAAUUUAGACUCACGUUGCAUACUGAGCUUCUCCAUAGCAUUGUCUUCUCUUACUGUGACUCUAUAUCAGCUGAAAAUGAGUUCAUCAUCUAUGUCAAACCCAACAGCUGCUAGUUUGAUUGGAUUAGACUUGAGUUGAAUUAUAAAAGCUGAGAGGAGCCUUAAUGGGAUGACAGAGAAGUGAUUUGGUGAUAAUUUGGCUUAUUAGCCCCAUUACCAUAAUGUUCCUCUGAGAGCAUAGUGUCAAACAAAUACUGGAGGCUUCAUUGUGUUGUUUUAGCUUCUUUUGUUAACAUAUUGGGUUUUUACACAAAGACACAUCAACGCAAAUGUGAUCAGAGUAAUUAUGAGCACAUCUUUAGCUGACAGAGCUUUGCUGAAGGAUUGUUUGACACCUUGAACAGAGAACUGCCUCAUCUUAACCUUGACCAGACAGUUGCAAGUGCCGUCCUUUCUAUGUGGCAAUACUGCAUCCUAGUGGUCAAUAUGAAAAACAGCAACAAAUAGAAACACCGCUAAUGCACCAUUGGCUCCAUUGGUGGGAGAAUAAACCAACCGUUGUAGGUUUCACAAUAAUGAGAGCACACCGACUGUUAGUGUCAUAAGUCAGUGCUUCACUGAUUUUUAUUAUAGCCAUAGCGUGACGUCCUCUGCGCUCUGGGUGUCUGGUAGGCUGUUUGCCCUCAGGAACCUGUGUGGGAAGAGGAGUUAUCAGGAAAGGCCUCCAUCUGAACAAAAACAACAGUUCUGAUCUGAUUUGCUGGGACUCAGUCUGUAGAUUAGGCAUUACUAACACUUUCUGAUGCCCCACUAGUCUCACCACCAACUUUACUAACAAUAACAAACCAUAAAGUAUCACAGCGUUGUUCUUUCUCUGUAUAUGACUGAGUGAUGAUCAGAAAGUGAUCAGUUCAUCUCUAGAGAAACACUUUCUUUCUUCUGGUCUUAGCAGGUUUAAUCUAUGCAUGCCUUUUGUAUACAGUGAUUGGUCUUGCCAAACUCUCACCUAUACUUGUGCAGAGAGCAGUGGGUGCCAUUGUUGUUGGCCAUGGGACUGGUUGAAACAAACAUUUCCAAGCUGUAGUUCAGUAUGAACAAGUGAGACUUUUAAAAGUUUUCAGUCAAGUAGUCACAGCCAGGGGGAUAAAAUCACCUUCACCUGUGUUUACGAAUAGUUACAAGAAGUGUGCAUCUUAAAAAGACGUAUUUGUUUACUGAAGAUGAUUGUACUUUUACACGUAUCUAUCCAUACACAGAGGAUCUGCUCAGAUGUGUACACUGUAGAUAAAGAGAUUGAUAUUCCAAGCAGGAUGGUGGGACUGAUCAAUGCUGUAUGGGGAUAGGAUUAUUAAUGGCAUACUUUCAUUGAUCUAUCUUGAACCUUGUCACUCCCAGAAUCCCUCUGGAGUAGGAGGAGGCGUACAGAGCUCUUAGACCUGGUUGGCACUCAUUCCUGGGUUUCCACAUUUACCUUUUAAGAACGAGACGGUGCCAGAAUUUGGCUUUUUUUCCCCCAGGUCUGAGCUGAUGUACUGCUCACCUCUCCUACUCUUUAGAGAAAGUUGCCAUUUGUAAUGCUCUGUAUUUGUUGGAGCCCUCUCAUAAUAAAUAUUAGUAUGGUAAAUUUAACUUCCUGAAUCUAUCUUCUAUCCUCUGUCUUUCUCUCUUUUUUUCCUCUCAUCCUGUCUCUUCUCUCUCUCUUUGUCUCUUCAUCUUUCUCUCUUUCUCUAUCAACCUGGCACCGACCUCGUUAAAUAUUUCAGGACAUUUUCCAUUGAUUGCUUUUAGUUUUUGCACUACUUUUGACACAAUCUUUGCCAAUUUCUGAAACCUAGGAAUGAGUGCUGAAUGCUCCAACUAAAUGCAGUGCAGACAUUGUUCAGAUAUUCAGACUGAAUGGUGUCAAGCGAUCAGUCACUGAAGCAUGUAACUUGCUCCUAAAAGAGACUGUUAUGAAGUAACCAGUAAAUGUGGACUAUUAAGCUCUCUGGCUGUACCUGAAUUACAAUAUUAAUAUUGUGCACCAUGAUGUAUGGAUCCUUGGAUAUGAAGAGCAGAACUGUACAUAUUAGAUCUAUUAGCCAUAUCAUGUCAUCAAAUCUGUAGACCUCCUUGCCAUGUCUGACAGAGAAAAUGACUGUUGAACUGUAAAUAGUGUAGGUAUAGAAAUAUAGGAUUUAACUGCUGCUGCUUCUGUCCAGGGAUCGCCCAUGUUUUGCUCAGUCCCAUGGCUGCUUGGUCUCAAAGGAAAGGAAAAGACAAUAAUGUACUUGUCUAUAAAACACAUGAGUUCUUUUUUUAUUUUAAUAUAUGUUUUAUAUACCGUCUGUCUUGUAAAGGAAAUCCUUUUCGUCAUAAAAGCAUGAUGUGACUCUGUCA